AUGGCUCAUGAAGAUGUUAGGCAGUCUUUGCUUUCGCCUACGAAUGAUUCUUCACUAAAUCUCAAUGAGACAAAGGCCAAUCACAGAAGAAAGCCUCAGCCCCGCUUAAGGGCUCCUUCAGAGAAUGGCUCUCAAGAGCAACAGAGGGUCCUGUUUCUUGCAAACCUUGAGUCAGCACUUGUGGCACAAGAGUUUAGGUUCAAGUAUGUGCUAUUUUUGUUGACUUCUUAUCUAGGUAUAGGCACCCUUUGGUUCUUCCUCAUCAGGAAUCAGAUUGAUGGUAAGAAAACCAAUGGGAUUCUUGAUGCAAUUUACUUCUGUGUUGUGACAAUGACCACUGUCGGAUACGGGGACCUUGUACCCCAUAGCUCGUUAGCAAAGAUACUUGCCUGCAUUUAUGUCUUCACUGGCAUGGCUCUUGUUGGUCUAAUUCUAAGUAAGGCAGCAGAUUACAUUGUUGAAAAGCAGGAAAUUUUCUUUGUUAAAGCCAUGCAUAUGAAUAAAAAGUUUAAUGAAGCUGAGAUACUUAUGGAGGUUGAAACCAACAAAGUCAAAUAUAAAUUUCUCAUGAAUUCACUGCUACUUUUGGUGCUUAUAAUUGCGGGAAUCAGCUUCUUACUGCUGGUUGAAGAAAUGGAAUUCAUUGAUGCCUUUUAUUUUGUUUGUUCCACAAUCACUACCCUUGGUUAUGGGGAUGAGAGCUUCUCAACAGGAGUGGGACGCCUAUUUGCUAUUUUCUGGAUACUGGGCAGUACGGUUUGCUUAGCUCAGUUCUUUCUCUAUCUAGCAGAGCUAUACACUGAGAGAAGGCAAAAAUCAUUGGUUAAAUGGGUUCUUACUAGAAAACUAACAUCAUCAGACCUUGAGGCAGCAGAUCUGGAUCAUGAUGAGGUGGUCAGUGCAUCAGAGUUCAUCUUAUAUCAGCUGAAGGAAAUGGGAAAGAUUGGCCAGGAAGACAUUUUGCUAUUAAUGGAGAGGUUCAAAAUGCUUGAUGUUGAUCACUCGGGAACUUUGACUGCAGCAGAUCUGAUUUCGUCCUAAUCAUCUAGAGCAGCAAUUUGAUAAAACCGAUGACUCAACCCUUCAGUAAUUAGAUAGUGCAGUAACCAUCGACGUAA